AUGUCUUCAAAUGAAGCUUAUCACAACAGAAUUGAGCCGGGUGCUGGUGAUGCGGGCGAUGAUCAGCCUUCCGGUUCCAACAGACGGAGCAAUGGAAGCAGCAGCGCUGCUGGAGCAGCGGCACACAACAAACAGCUCUUCAAUGAGACCACAUAUCUAAAGCCAUCCAAGCAGGCAUAUUUCAGCGAUGAAAAGGUGCUGAUACCCGAAGAUGAAAGCACAAAUAUUGGUGGUUUCAGCUUUCGCAAGCUGUGGGCCUUCACGGGCCCCGGAUUUCUCAUGUCCAUUGCAUAUCUAGAUCCGGGCAAUAUUGAAUCGGAUCUACAGUCCGGUGCAGCGGCCAAAUACAAAAUACUCUGGGUGCUGUUAUGGGCCACAGUGCUGGGCCUGCUUAUGCAACGCUUGGCUGCAAGAUUGGGUGUCGUAACGGGUCUGCAUCUGGCAGAGAUGUGUUAUCGCCAGUACAAGCGUGUGCCACGCUGGAUAUUAUGGAUUAUGAUAGAGAUAGCCAUCAUUGGCUCCGAUAUGCAGGAGGUUAUUGGCACUGCCAUUGCCAUAUAUUUAUUGUCCAAUAAAGCCGUGCCUUUGUGGGGUGGUGUGUUAAUCACCAUUGUUGAUACAUUUACGUUCCUAUUUCUGGAUAAAUAUGGUUUACGUAAGCUGGAGUUCCUAUUUGGCUUGUUAAUCACUGUCAUGGCCGUCACGUUUGGCUAUGAGUAUAUUGUGUCUGCGCCUGAUCAGGGUGCUGUAAUGGAGGGAAUGUUUGUACCUUGGUGCGCUGAUUGCAACUCAGAUGUUCUGUUGCAAGCUGUGGGCGUUGUGGGUGCUGUCAUCAUGCCGCACAAUCUAUAUUUACACUCGGCUUUGGUUAAGUCACGCGAUGUGGAUCGUCGCCAGCCAAAGAAAGUGAGCGAAGCGAAUUUCUACUAUUUCAUUGAGGCUUCAAUAGCGCUGUUUGUUUCCUUUAUUAUCAAUUUGUUUGUUGUGGCCGUAUUUGCUCAUGGCAUGUAUGGCAAGACAAAUCAUGAUGUGCUGGAAGUCUGCGCUAACAAGUCGAUGUAUGAAGAUGCCAAGCUGUCGUUUACGGAUAACAACGAGAUUAUCAAUGCGGAUCUCUACAAGGGCGGCCUGUUUCUGGGCUGCACUUUUGGUGCUGCCGCCAUGUACAUUUGGGGUGUAGGCAUUUUGGCUGCUGGCCAAAGCUCGACAAUGACCGGCACAUAUGCGGGACAGUUCUCCAUGGAAGGUUUUCUCAAUCUGCAAUGGCCGCGCUGGAUGCGUGUGCUGGUCACGCGUUGCAUUGCCAUUAUACCCACCUUCUGCCUGGCCAUGUUCAGCAAAAUGGAGGAUCUAACCAACAUGAAUGAUAUAUUGAAUGCAGUCAUGUCGCUGCAGCUGCCAUUUGCAGCUAUACCAACUAUAGCUUUUACUUCCUGUGCAGCAAUUAUGGGCGACUUUGUCAAUGGAAUUGGCAACAAAAUCGUGUCUAUAUUGCUGACCAUACUGGUGAUUGGCGUUAAUUUAUAUUUUGUGGUGGCGCAAGUGGAACAGCUGCAAAUUGAAGGCGGCAUGCUGGCGCUUGUCUGCAUAUUUGCUAUACUAUAUUUACUAUUUGUCUUAUAUCUUGUGAUACAUAUGGCCGCCUGUAUGGGCAACAAACGACUGAUGAACAGCCGGUGGGUGCAACGUUUUGUGUUACCAAGUCAGAACAGCUUUACGAUAAAGAAUGCCAACUCAACGUACGCCAGUGAUGUUACGUUAGUUAUAGGCGAUAACACUAACACAAAGAAAGGUCUUGAAACCGUUUCGGAAAAAGUGGCUAAUUAGUUAAACACACACACACAGCGCUACACACACGCAUACAUUCGUGAUAUUAACAUUUAAAGUAUUCACACGCUUAACAAUACUAACAAUUGAACUUUAAAUGAGAAUUUAUAAUGCACAUAGCUCUAGGGUAUUUUCUACUAUUUGUUGCUAUAUAGUAUUAAGCAUAUCGUAAAUCAACAAAUUUGCUGAUAACGGUGGAAUUAUACAUAAGUUGGGACGUAAUGGCCAAUAAAAAAUAAAUACAUUAAUGGAGAUUAUUGUCCAGUCUUUUUCUUACUAAUUACUAUAAGCUAAUUUAAGCCUAGUUCUUAAGCGCCAACCUAAAAAUGGAACUGCGGAUCGACUGCGAGCCCAACUGACAGCUGCCCAAGCAACAAUUUAACGUUACUAAGCCUUUCACAGCAUGUGUAAGCUAAUUUUAGCAAUUUAGCAAUCAUUGACACAUUGGUUUUACACCCCAUUCUUACACACUCAUUCACUUUGGCGUGGCUAAUUUAAUAUGACUACACAUUUAAUUGAAAAUAAUAAAAACCAAAAUAUUUCUCUGUUAUAUGUUCAUACACAUUUAUAUGUAUGUCAUUUGUUUUCUUCUUCCCCCACACUCUUCUUUUCUGUUCUAUAUAACUAAACUACCUACCUACAUACACUGAACUCCUCUACUGAACUCUGAAUUUAUUGCUGUGCGACGUGGACUUAUAAUGUUUAAUAACAUUGUAUAUAUUGGAUGUAUGGAAUUGACUUUUUGUACAAAAUUUAUUUAAAAUUAUCGACGACACAAAAUUCUA